UUGUACCAGUCUCGCAGCACUGGCGUUCGCACUGCACGCCCACUCGGUCUGACAGAAGUUGACUCGGGGCACUGGCACUUUUGGUCACCAAGCAGCUCGCGCGGGUGAUGCGCAUUCGUCAUCCUUCCGGCCGACGCGUACCUUCCUCACCCAAACAGCGCCGCCAUCGCGUCAGCUCCUUGAUUCGGCCUAUGUAGAGUGCUGCUUCGCCACGGGGCUAUUUGACUCCGGUGUCUCCCUGCGCUCUUUGUGCACGCAACACUCGCUUUGCUGUGCUCUCUCCGCUUGUCGGUGUGAGCUAUAAGGCGUCUGCGCCGCUUUGGUGCUCUCUCUCUCCCCCUCGCCACCAUUCUUAGUACGCCUCGUAUAUCCGUAUAUCUCUGUCGCCACCGCACACUCGCCCCGCUAUAAAUUUUCUGCCAAACGCUCCCCGGGUCUCGCUCUUCUGCUCUUCUGCACAUGCAAUCUGCCGUUGAUAUCAUGUCUACGCCGCAUACCCACACAGAAGGCCCAGUCCCGCCGCACUCCUCCGAGCCCCUCGCCAUCGCCCAGCCCAUAUCCCGGGAGCCGUCCGUCAGUUUCUUCAACUGGCCCACCACCUCCACCGACUCCCUCUCCUCGUUCUCCCCCGCCUCCUCCUCCUCCCUCCUCCCCGACGCCUUCUCUCCCUCGUCCUCCUUCUCCUCCGACUGCCCGCUCUCCCCGCUCUCCUCGGACCUCGCCCUCCCCUCGUCGCAUCCCCCCUCGCAACACCAGCACCAAUCCGAAGCGUGGCGCACCGCCGCGCGCGAGGCCGCCGACGGCGUGCACUACACGCUCGAGCCGUUUCCCUCGCCGGGCAGCACCGUGCUGCCCCCGCCGUUCCGCGACGAGCCGCUGCAGGUCGCGGGCGGCGCGCGCGUCGGGCUGCUGGACGAGGUCGGCCAGCAUACCGUGCGCGUGCGUCUGCUGGACGGGGGCGGCGCGGUGGGCCUGCUCCCCGCAUGGAACCUCGAGGGCGCGCUCGAGCGCCUUGCGCGGCUGAACAUGGAGUUCAACGAGGCGGCGACCUGUCCGGCAGAGCGCCGGGGCCCGGAGGGCCAGCGGGCGUCCGGCAGCAAGCCGGCCCUCGCGCACAGCCACGACCGCUGCGUGCCGUUCGCGUCGCGGCUGAUCUUCCGCAGCCCCGACGACGAGAGCGACGACGACGCGGACGACAACGGGUACGAGGACGACUUGUUCGGGUUCGACCGUGGCGCGCGCAAGCAGACGCUGCGCCCGUCGCGCGCGGUGUACGAGGUGCGGCCGGGGCGGGAGCGGCGCAAGGCCGUCGAGUUUGCGCGCGUCGAGCGGGCGAAGGUGUUCCGCUACCCGUCGGAGGCGCUCAUCGAGGCGUACUAUGGCGGGGCGGAGGAGGAGCCCGAGGCGGGUGCGUCUGGGGACGAGGAGGAAGACGGUCAGUGGUGGUGGGCUGGCUGGGAGGAGCCUGCCGCGGACGCGUCUUUACAGGACGGCUGACGUCCCUGUGCGAGGGCGCCGCCCGCUCGAGCGUACGCCACCGCGUAGAUGCAGAUGCAUCGCCAAAAUCAUGCUAUUCGCAACGCACUUUGCAGGACUAGUCUUAUCUUAUCGCAGCAUAGUAGUAUGUGUUCGGUCGUGGAACGCGUUCAAUGGGUGUAUUUGUAUCGCAGUGAUUCGGCAGCAAUAACAUGUUUUGGCGUCC